AGUCCAAACGGGUCUCUCCCUCCUAACUGGCGGAGGAGGAGGAGGAGGAAGCGGCGGAGUAGGAGUAGGAGGAGGAGGAGGAGGAGGAGGCGUGGUCGGAGGUCUUGGGGGCGUGUCAGGCCUGGAGGUGCAGGAGCCACGCCACGCCCCCCAGGAAGCCCUCACGCUCAUCCAAGGCGACCUCGUUCCUCAUACCAAUUUCACGCACACUUUCCUCAAGUCGAUUCUUACCUCUAUCGACAGCAAGGAUCCAGUGGUUGCAAAUGCCUGGCUGGAGACGUUAUUGGAUGUGAUCGACCUCCUGCCUAAGGAAGUUAUCAAAGAUGAGAUCCUGACAUUGGCAGUGAGCAAAGGCCAGUCUCAGCAAGUGUCAGCUCGUUUGGCCGCCUGUAAGCUUAUUGGGAAAAUAGCCACCAAAUUUGAGCCGUUCCUCUUGAAAACGGAAGUGGUUGGUGUUGUGCAGAGCCUUUGCCAGGAUGUCUGUGGGGAGGUGCGAGGGAGCAUGUGCAGCCAGCUUGCUGCAGUAGCUCGAGGUCUUGGACUCGAUGCUACGAAAACCCACAUCCUCCCGGAACUUGUGGAUCUCUGCUCGGACGAGGAGACGAAUGUGCGUCUGGCAGGAAUCAACACGGUAGUUCUGAUGAUUCCCUUGCUAGAUGAUGAAACACGAGUGGGCACUUUGGUCCCACUCGUGAGGAAAGUCUGUGAACGAGCUCUGAGAGUUGAAGAUGCGUCGUUGCCUGUAACGGCUCACCUUCUAGGUCGUAUCUGCCAUGGACUACAUGAUGAUCUUACAGAAGAUCAGAAGAGUUGGUUCCUCAACUUUUAUUGCACUUUGGCAAAAUUAGGACUCCCAGAUUCCAAGAAAAAUGAACCUCCGAUGCCAGACUUAGUGGCUGAAGUGAGGAGCGGCGAGUACGAGGCAGAAUGUCGACAGCAGUGCGCCUACAACCUGCCUUGCAUGGUGGCUUUUGCUGGGGGUUCCACCACCUAUCGGACGAGCCUACAUGCCACGUUUUCUUCACUUGCUACCGAUCCCAGUCAACAAGUGAGAACAACAGUUGCGGCAGCAUUUCAUCAGCUAUGUACACUUGUGGGAGCUGAAGUUGGUUUGCUCAAAGAAGGGUUACUGCAAUUAUUGCGGUCAGAGAACUUGGACAUUUUGUCUGCCAUCACUCCCAAUCUGCCACACAUUAUUGCUACCAUGCACAAACACAAUGCAAUCACUCCACAAUCUUCGAGAGGAGAACUUUUGGAGCUUAUCGGUGCGAUCAAACAAGGAGAAGAGACUGUGAGUGUGACCAGUAUCUGGCGUGUUCAUGCUGAGGCUCUCACUCAAAUUGCAGCUCUGGCUCCCUGUUUGCCUGCAGAUCUCAUCUUCACUCAACUUGUCCCACUAAUGUUUGUCAGAAUGCAAACUGCUCGUCCAAUACCUUGUCGGCUUGCUGCAGCUAGAACUUUGCUGGUGUUUCUCAGACAUAUGAACACACAAGAACAAAGAGAACAUAUCAGUAACUCCCUGGUUUCAGACUUCUGUGAAGGAAAUAGCUGCCAUAAGAGAAUGCUGUUUCUCAAUGUCUCCAACAUGGUACUUGAGAUGUUCUCAAAGUCAUUUUUCAAGACAUACUUCUUCAGGCCUCUCUUAUCAUUACAUAGUGACAGAGUGGCCAACAUCAGGUUGAAGUUGGUAGUGAUGUUGCCACAGAUGAAAGCAACAAUUACAUUACCUGAUGACAAAACCAGAUUGCAAGAACUAGAAACUGUUGUAGGCAGUCUGCUGAUGAGCGAAGGGGACAGAGAUGUGUCGGCAGCUAUAUCUACCACGAUUGCACAACUUGAUAAAAUCGAAGUGUGUGAAAGUCAGCGAGGAUCCCCUGAAGGAGAUUCAGGAGCCCAAGAGACUGAGGAUGAAAGGCGAGAACGUCAAGAGAGGAGAGCUGUAGGAGAUACCAGCACCCUUGACAAAAAGUCUCCAGAUGGGAAGCAUAGUGACGGAGGAAGUCUAGGGGAGAGGCGCUCAGUGUCCAGGUCAUCUAAUCGGCGCAGUUCGGGUCUCGGUCACCUCCCCUCCUAUCUGGAGAGAAGGCGAAGUAAUUCUCAUGCUCCAAAGCAGCCGCCGGAUGAGCGCACAAUCCUUCGGGCUGGUGGUUACCAGGCUUCCACUACUAACACAUCUCCUAAUUCUACCACUAACACCACUGAAUGGUCACUUGAUGAUGAUGAUGAAGAUGACCUGGACAUAAGUGAUAUAUGUGAUGAAGUCUUACUCAGUCCAGAAGAACCUAGCAUUGACUGGGAGGAACAGCUCUCCCCUGAGUCCCCUAGAAUCACCAGGGACCCUCCAGGCACAUCCACCUCAAGGGUCACCCGGUCACCUCAGGCCCGGGACAUUCAUUUAGAUUCAAGAGACAGGCAUUCAGAUGCAAGGGAGAGCCUUUCUGGUUCAAGAGACAAUCUCUCAGGCUCCAGAGACAGGUUGUCAGGCUCCAGAGAUAGUCUGUCUGGUUCAAGAGACAGGUUGACUAGUACACAUGAUGGUCUUUCGGGUUCCAGAGAUAGACUAACAGGAUCACGAGAGAGACUCUCAGACUCCCGAGAGAGGCAUUCUGAAAGUCGUAGCAAGCGCAUGUCAUCUCGCCAUACUACAUCAUUUCAAGGUGAUAAUAUUGAGAAUGGAGAAAGAGGAUCUGAGCGACUCUCUGCCAGAGAGGUUUUCUGGCUUCGCACUUCAAGACCACGCUGGAGGAGAAAAGUUGCUUCUGCUGACACAAGCCCUGAGGAACCCAGAAGAAAUCGCUUUGGUCGAGGUUGGUCUAUUGAUGGCCGUGGCAGUCAUUCAGACACAGAAGACCCAGACAUCCUUUAUGAUAGACGGCAUCUUUUGAGUAAAGAUGCGAAGAUUCAAUCACCUACUUCUCAUAGUACAGCCAGUCCACCCAGUCCACACGGUAUGUACACUUGGCCACCACAGCACAACCGUCAUCGUCACCACAGUUCUUCAGAAAAUGACGAAUAUGAUAAUGAAGAGGAUUCCAGUCAUCAGCAGUCUUCCCAACGAGCUGGAGAUCAUUAUGACACCAUGACCUUGCGGCGUCCUUCAACAUCAAGUCGCUACGAUGCCUCACCAGUUCAUGAUGCUCGUCACUUUGACAUCUCUCCAAGAAGAAGCAAACCAACUGAUUCAUAUGACUCUCAUUCACACGCUAAAGAUAAAACUUCCAAACACCAAGAAAAACUCACUCAUUAUACAGACUCAGCAUCACAUUAUUAUAGUUCAUCUGCAGAUAACACCAAUCAUCAACAAAAGUAUUCAUCUUCAUCACAUUCGGGUGAAGGGCAGUCUAGACAUGUAGAAUCAGGUGGUCGUAAGCGGGAGAGGUCUCCCCCUCAGUUACGUGACAGCAGGCCUAGGCACCUGAUGCAUCCUCAUGAAGCAGAUGACCCAUACAUCUAUCAUGGUUUGGCUCCAACACUCGCCCCACACCUUUCUGCUGUAUAUUCACCUCGCUCUUUACCUACACAUUUCUCUUAUGAUCACCCUGAGGACUAUCUGUCUUCUCUUGCUUUCACGGAACCUUAUAGUCCAGACCCUUAUGCAGAAAUGCUUGCUACUGCAGAAAUGUAUCCUAGGGAACCUUAUCCUCAUUAUAGCUAUGAGGGUGAUGCUCCUAGAGCACCUCUUGAACAUGAGGCAAGAAUGAUGGAGCAACAUCCUCACCCUUUCUUUCUUUUGGAUACUGCAGAAUUAGCACCUUGGUCAUCCCCCCCAGCCUACCCUAUUGGUCCCCUUGGUGCUUCCUGGCUUCAACAUGGACUCCACCCUUUAGCACGUAUCCCUCCCUGUUUGAUUCCCACUCCCUAUUCUCGCCCACGACCACAUGCACCAUUAGCGUCUCCUCCUUGGCGCCUAACUCACCAUGCUUCUCUCCCCAGCAUGUCUACUCUCGACCCAACUACGGAUGAAUUCUUGGUAGAUGCUGGCAUCCGUAUAGAUGAAUCUGUCAUCAAAAGUCGCCUUCCUACUCCCCAACAUGGUGCCUCAAGAAUAUCACGAUGGAGAACUCCAGACCGUUCUUACGGCAGCCAUUCAGCUGGAAAUAAAGACAGCAACAGCAUGGAAAAUAAAAGCCGUGGGAGUAGUAGUCUGAGUGGUUCUCGACUCAGACAGCCAUCAAUUGUAACAACAAGUCGAAUACCUGCCCCACCAGGCUCAGUGGGUCAUCAGAAUUCUUUAAGCCGCAGUCAUAGUGAACAGGAAUCCAAUCAGAGAGAUGGACGAACACCCUCUGGCUCAAGAAGAGGAAGUCAAGGAACAGGUAGUUCAUCUGGAAGUGGUGUUGUCACACGACUUCGACCUCCCUCUCGACCCAAUCGACCUGUAUCUACUGUUGCAACCUCCUCUUCACGUGGGCCUCUUUCACCACGUACUAAAUCACUAAGUCACGAGAAUUUGCGCACUUCUCCUUCUAGGUUAGCUCUUCCAACUUCACCACCAGUAUCUCCAAAUACUUCUCGUGCAACAUCACCACAUACCUCACCACAAGAAUCUGAGGGACGUCCUAGAACCCUUGCCGUUUCUGGAUCCAGACUGAGGCAACCACAGGUACGUGCUCCCAGAGGCAGGGGCUCCAGGCCUACUAGUUGCAGCUCCUCCCCUGGAGGCUCUAGGUGUUCUUCCCCAGGGCUUGAUGGCCCGGUCAGUGGCUUUGGAAGAGGUAGUCGCAGCAAUAGCCGGACUGGAAGUGCUUCUUCAUCUCCAGUGUCAUCUCGGUGUUCCUCACCAGCUAGUGAAGACUUACGUUCUCUGACUCGUGGCUCUCAGCACAGAUCUUCAGCGUCCAGCUCUCGCCCUGGUUCAGGAAUGUCUCAUGCAGGUAGACGCAGUACAAGCUCAACACCUGACCAACAGCAGGUCACAACCCCUCCCUCUCCCUUACCUUCGCCUCGUACCCACCGCCAAGGUUCCUCCAUUCCGAAGCCUUCAUCAGGACUUAGAGGAAGACCUGCAGGAAUCAAACCUCAGCCUCAGCCUCUUGUAGUUUUUAACCAACCUGCUGGUCUCACAAGGGCCAGUGGCCAGUAUAAUGAUUUGUUAGGCAAGGAAGAUACGUUUACAGUGGGAAACAAUGCUCACCAAAUUUUUAUGGGAAAGAGAUUGAAAGGCAAGGAUUACCAUUAUUAUUACUCUUUCGAAGCUGUAAUCAAGAGGGAUGAGGCAAAGGAUGAAUAA